AUGAAGUUCGAGCGACGGCCGCGCAAGAAUGUUUCGGCCAAGGACGAAGACGGUAUCACGGAAGAGGAUCUCGACGAAAUGGAACGAGGGUACAUCGACAUUGAACGCCAAGCGCACCUCGAGGGCGUAACUACGGAGCCAAUGGGCCAGCCAGCAGCAUACAUCGAGGCAGAUGCGGCUCCCAAGGCCAGGCUCUCUCUGAAGGAGCGGGACGCGCGACAUGGGAGAGCAGUUGAUGUGGUGCUGAGUGACAUGUCAGAACCCUGGGACCAGACGGCCGGCUUCUACAAGAAGAGCCUUAGUGACCCGUAUUUUAGGAUGAUGAACACCAGCGGUAAUGCCUUCAGAGACCACGCCGGAAGCAUGGACCUGUGUAUGGCUGCGUUGACGUUUUCGUACGACACGCUCAAGACUGGCGGUCACUUCCUGUGCAAGUUCUACCAAGGGACUGAAGAGAAGGCUUUUGAGACAAAGCUGAAGCGUCUGUUCGCAAGUGUUCACCGAGAGAAACCGGACUCGUCGCGCACUGUAUGUGACUCUCUAGUUCAGUCUGCCAGGAUCAUGCUUACGCCGGUCAGGAAUCCAAGGAAGCUUACUUUGUAG